CAUUGUUUCAUACAAUUUGGCCAACACAAACCAUAUUCAUUCCUAUAGUACUACCAUACUAGUUCGUUUCGUUAAUCUAAUAAAGUAUAUUGCUUCCUUGUAAUUGAAAUUCAAUUCGCACUGUUUGAAUUUUAUUAACAUAUUCCAAUUCUAAGGUUUUUUGUUGUGAAGAAUAUAUAACUAAUAUGAGGAGGGACAUGGAAUUUGAGCGUGUUCUUACUUACUUUGACGAAGAUGGCGACGGUAAGAUUUCGCCGAACGAGUUACGGAGUCGAAUGGCGAAGAUUAGUGGAGAUUUUCAGUUGAAUGAAGCGGAAAUUGCAAUUGAGUCAUUGGAUUCUGAUGGUGAUGGUUUAUUGAGUUUGGAGGAUUUGGUUACGCUUAUGGAAUCAGUGAGCGAGGAUGAGAAAUUGAAGGAUUUGAAGGAAGCAUUUGAAAUGUAUGAUAAUGAAGGGUGUGGGUUCAUAACACCAAAGAGUUUGAAGAGGAUGUUGAAGAAAUUGGGAGAUUCAAAGUCCAUUGAAGAAUGUAAAUUGAUGAUUGGAAUGUUUGAUUUGAAUGGGGAUGGUGUGCUUAGUUUUGAAGAAUUCAGAAUUAUGAUGAAAUGAUUCUGAUGCUAUGUUGCUGUGUCUAUUGAGGCUGGUGGGUUUUAUUCAUUCUUUUGUACAUUAUUCAAAUAAUUUGUGUGUAAUUUAAAAAUAUAUGUUAACAGAAGAUAAAAAAAAUAAAAGAGAGGUAAAGUUUUGUUUUAAGCUUUUCUAGCAGUCAAUAAUAAUGAGAUAUGGGAUAAUAUCUGUGUUUAAAUAAAGACAUCAAAGUUUUUUUCCUAAAAUGAAUUUAUAACAUGCAAGUAUGGGUCAAUAAUCAUUUCCCAAUGGAUAGGCGAUGAUUUUAUAUCGCUUUCAAAAUGAAGUGUUAUAAAAUCUAUAUAAUUAAGG